AGGUACGGGGAGCACGUGAACGCAGCAGCGCAGAGAGGUGGACUGAACACACGGAUCUCACACGGACACAUCGAGCGCUCCAAUGUUAACAGACAGCAACAUGUCGGGGAAGAGCUUUCGGGUCAGCGACGGAGACUGGAUCUGUCCUGAUAAAAAGUGUGGUAACGUGAAUUUUGCCAGAAGAACAAGCUGUAACAGAUGUGGUAGGGAGAAAACCACAGAGGCAAAGAUGAUGAAAGCAGGUGGAACGGAGAUUGGGAAAACCCUGGCCGAGAAGAGCCGAGGCCUCUUCAGUGCAAAUGACUGGCAAUGCAAAACAUGUGGCAACGUGAACUGGGCGAGACGGUCAGAGUGCAACAUGUGUAACACACCUAAAUAUGCCAAGCUUGAAGAGAGAACAGGUUAUGGUGGCGGGUUCAAUGAAAGGGAGAAUGUAGAAUACAUUGAACGUGAGGAAUCUGAUGGUGAAUAUGACGAGUUUGGUCGGAAAAAGAAAAAGUUUCGUGGAAAGCCCAACAGCACAUCUUCCUCAAAAGAAGUUGAAAAGAAAGUAGUAGUUGCAAAACGUGAAGAAGACGAGGAGGAAGAAGAUGAUGACGAAGAGGAAGAGGGUGACCUGUCCAAGUACAAACUGGAUGAUGAUGAUGAUGAAGACGGAGACCUGUCAAAGUACGACCUGGUCGCCAGCGAUGAAGAAGAGAAGCCAGCCAAGAAAAAGAGCAGCCGCUCGGGCUCGUCCCGUUCCGGCUCGUCGUCCCGCUCCUCCAGCUCCAGUUCACGGUCGAGGUCCAGAUCUGGCUCUAGAAGCUCAUCCAGCUCCAGAUCUGGAUCUCGCUCCAGGUCCCACUCCAGAUCCAGCUCCAGGUCUGGAAAGGGCUCCUCUCCCCGGAAGAGGUCCCGCUCGCCCUCCUCCUCACCCGAGAGGACACAGAAGCGCAGCCGCUCCAGGUCCUCAUCUGGAGGGAGGAAACGCAGGCGCUCUAGAUCACGUUCGUCCGAAAGGUGCCGUGGCCAGUCCUCCGGAUCCUCACAUUCUGGCUCCAGUUCAAAAAAGGCAUAACUUUAUUGCAGCCUUUUAAAAACGACAAAAGGAACCUUAGUACAAGUGCAUGUUGUGUUGUAAGGAAAAAAAAAACAACCACAUCCAUUGAGUAUGCUGUUCAUUUUCACACAACCUCCCAAAGUCUUAUUUCCCUUAAAAGAAAACGGCGGCAGCGUGAAUUCUCUCCGUUACCAACCAUGCUCCUUUUCAAAAUCAUAUACACCCCCAACCUGUGACAAGUGUAACUAUAGGUGUCCAAUAAACAUAACUGGUCCUAUAAGAAAAUCAGAUAAACUGUGAAGAGGCUGUAUCCCAUUUAAAUGCUUAAUAUCUUAAUGGCAGUACAUUUUAUUCUACUCAACUGUGGGGGAAAAUGAAAUUAUAAUUUUUUUUGGUGCGGGGAAACAUCUGAGAUUGUGUUUUUAAAAGUCGGUUCUUUCUUUGUUGUGUCAUUACAUGCAGUCAAAUUUUAAUUUUAAUUUUUUUAAGAAAAGAGUAAAAAAGUACUUAAGCACCAAGUUAGAAAACGAGAUGUAGCAAUGACAUUUGGCCCGUUUGUUUGAUUUUCUUGAUAUAUGCAAAUUUUGUUUUUGUGUUUUCAAGGUAAGUAUUUUCCUUUUUGAUAUUGCUUGGUUUGCGUAAAUGGAGAAAGUUCAACAUUCUUUGGUCAAUGGAAAAAAUGCUUCAUGUGUACGUACGGAUGCAUGAACUACAUUUUUAUUUUAUUUUGCUUAACACAGUUGAGGCCUACUUAACAACUCAGUUAUCCCUCUUCUUUUUUCACCUUUGAAACUAAUUCAAAUUAAGACAGAUUUUUGUUCUCCAGAUUAGUGCAAAAAGUUAUAACAGUAACAACCCUUUUGUCCCAAUUAAUAGUAGAAUGCCAUUACAGUCUUUUUACUGGUGAAACAACUAGAGUGUACACGUGUAAAUAAAAUCCUGUCGCCAUUGUU